AUGUCCAAGUUUGUCGUUUCCACAGCCUUAAGAGAAUUAAGAUUCCACUUGUCCCAGACAGGUGAGGCGUCUGUCCCCUUGAGAAACUUCUUGACCAAAAACUACCCUGCGCUCAAGGCGUCCACCAAUAACAAGUUGCCUAUUUUGAUCAGAGAAGCGUUUGGUGUUCCCCCAAGCAUAACUGCCAGAUUUGAAAAGGGCAGAGAGGUGAAAAACAGCUUGGACGGUUUGGACGAAAAGGCUGUUGAGGAGGCGGUCAAGUCCUUGUUGAAGUGA